UUUAUCUUGAGAGGCGUUAUAUAAAAGGGUUACUCAACUAAUUUCAGUGCCAAACAAUGUAGUUACGUGAAAAAUUCUAAAAGACUAAUGCCUCAAAUCACGUACGAGCCAAUGACGACAGCCAGUACAAAUUCAAAAUGUAGUGCAGAGUUUUGACCUGAAGGGGGCGACAUAAUCGCAUUUUAGGUAGAAUAUUUACAUUUUAGAUAAGAUUCCCAAAAAUACCAAAAUAAUUAUUACACAUGUCUACAGCACUAUUAGCCACUCAUUUCUACAGUUCAUCAGCAAAAAAGAAAAGUUGAUUUGGAGGUGACUUGCUCUUUAACUAGGUGAUAUUAAAAUGUGUGUACCACUUUAAGAGUCUGUCUUGGUGGCUUCUUCCAGUUAUUAAUAGAGCCUCUGUGUCUUCCUACUCUGACGUAAUGCCACAGAGAGACAGGCGGAGGGGUCCUGUCACUGCAAAGCGAUAACACUAGUCUGAGAAAAAAAAAGGAAACAAGAUUUGCCGAUUUGGUUUCCCGUGGACAGCAAAUCCCUGCUCCGGGGGUCUGAAUCAUAAUAAAAAGUCGGAAUACGGCAAAUAUCCGAGUCAAACUUCCUCACUAUUCAGUCGGCAUUAGCUUACUGCAUGUGCAGCCGUGAAGUAACUAUCUCUCUCUUCCCCCCUCAGACCAAAGAGAGAAAAAAAAGAGACAGCCAAGACACAGUCACCCCGUCCGACAUCAUCAACAAACAAAAAAACCCACAAAGAGACGAACCAGCCAGCCAGCCACCAUCUUAACAGGCUGCUGAAAGAGACACACAGGGAAAAAGAGGCUUGUUUUGAUCAACAGGUAAGCGGCACCCAAAAGAAAAAGGACUAGCAACACUAACACAAGUCUCUCAUGUAUCGCUUAAGGAAGAGGAGGUAUAGAAGCGUGUCGGCGGUGGAGGCUUGGAGUUGUAGGCGGCGAAGUGCAUGAGGCUCGGAGACGAAAAAUCGCUCGUUCCCCCCUCUGAAGGAAGCGAUUAAAGGAGGCAGAAAUGUUGCUGUUAGCCGUUUGUAGUUUUACGACGGGCAGCAGUCGGUUUGCGUCUUAUGUAACUAACGGCCUGAGCAGCGUCGGGUCGUGGAGGAAAGAGGGAUCUGCUGAAUGAGAGGGAGGAAAAGAGCAGCGCCGCUUUGAAUUCACAUGGCAAUUUACAUUUAGACUCCCCAAACGCCACUCUUAAUACAAACGGGAAAGAGUGGGGCAGAGGAGAGCCACUGCUUUGAUUUAGUUUGAAGCCAGCAAACAAGACGCGGAGUCGCCUUAAGAAGUUUGUGUGGGGAAAACGAGAGAGCAGCCCAUCCUAACUUUUCUGACACGGACUCGGAUGAUUAAAGUCAAAGCCGGAGCGAUAGACAGAAGAGGUCCAACAAGCCCUGGACUGAAUGCAGCUGAUGCUGCUGAUAGCGGAGCUUUUUAAACACCAAGCAAGGAAGCUGAACACUGAUUACUCCGAUGCUCAUGGACCUGUGUGGAGUGUUGCAGAUUUAAAGAGAUGGAGGAAUAACAGUUUGGGUCUGACACCUGGUUCCUGCUUUCCUUUUUGUUUUUUUUUUGGAGUACUGACGCACAGCGGUAGCCUGGACGGACUGCUACGGUGCCGGGGAGAAUAAAGGUGGUUAGUCAGGGCUGAUGCUAAAGCCAGGAGCGAGCCAUGAUGUUCUUAUAACCUGAUGAUCAACGGAGAGAUGGUGAGGAAGAAGAAUCCCCCUAUCCGGAGUGUGGGAGGUGAGGAGGAGGAGGAAGAAGAGGGGAAGAAGCCAACAGGAGAGGAAGAAGAGGAAGGAGAGGAGGAGGAGAGAGUUGGAGCGGAGGCCGAUAGAAUAAACCGACCAUCCGAACCGGAGUCCUCGGAACGGAUCCUAGGAGAUGAAGAGGAGGAGGAGGAGGCAGAGAGCGUCUCCUCUUUCGCCUCCCCUUCAUCUGCCAGCGAUCGCUACAGUAACGAGGAGAGAGGGGGGAGGCCCGAAGGGGGGAGGGCAAGACAAGCUGAGAGACCCGAGUCCGAGCCAGAUGAUGGCGAGGAGGGAGAGAGGAGGCUGAGAGACAGAGGGGAGGCGACCCACCUCACCCCUCCACUCUCCUCAGGCCCCCAACUCCUUCCAAGACGGGAAGGAAAGGGGAAGUCAACAAACGACACCCCUCCUCUAUCAUCCAGCCCCUCUCCAAAACUCCAGGACUUCAAGUGCAAUGUGUGUGGUUACGGUUACUACGGCAACGACCCCACCGACCUGGUGAAGCACUUUAGGAAGUAUCACCUGGGUCUGCACAACCGCACGAGGCAGGACGCGGCGCUCGACACGCAGAUCCUGGCCCUUCACAACAUGGCUCCCCAACACACCAACCUGGACUUGCUGGAAGGACAGGGGCAGAGAAGUCAAACCAAAGACUUGGGGAAAACCAGAGGCGAUGCACAGAGUCAGCAGCAGAGGACGAUUAUGAUGAAUGGCACAUACGACGUACAGGUGACGUUGGGCGGCACUCUAAUAGGAAUUGGUCGCAAAACUUCCGAUUGCCAAGGGAACACUAAGUACUUCCGCUGCAAAUUCUGUAACUUUACCUACAUGGGAAGUAACUCCUUGGAACUUGAACAGCACUUCCUGUCCUCGCACCCCAACAAAGUCAAAAGUCCACCCUCCACUCCACUGCUUGCUGUUAAUGACUUACACGACAGCCAGUCGCAGGGAAGAAGUCAAACCUUGGACAUGGCCGACCGGGUGGCAGUGCGAGCUGAAGACAACUCCUUGGUUGGGUACUUCAUCCCGGUCAGGGCGGGUUCAGAGUCAUCGGGUUGGGCGGGUGAAGCUGGCCGAGGAGCUGUUCAGGCCCAUUACUGGUGUAAAUUCUGUAGCUGGAGUUGCGAGGGGUCGGGCGGUUCAUCAAAGCUUUUGGAGCACUAUGAACAAAGACACAGGUCGGGUGCAGGUGGCGCUAUAAGCCCCAACAGUUUGGCUCUUGUUGGAAUGGAAAGGGAGACGGAUAAAGGCGUGAGAAGAAAUGGAGGAGAGCAUGUGGCAUCCAGACAGCGUAAAGACCAGUCCAACCCAUUCACCAGCAGCCAAGGAGACUCAAACAGCAGCGACCCUGAAGCAGUCGUCACCAGCUAUAACUGUCAGCUGUGUGAUUUCCGUUACUCCAUGGCGCACAGUGCCGAUGUGAUCAUCGUAGCUCCGUUGCUGCUGCACUACCAGCACAACCACUCCAUCCACCGUUGCUGCAUCCAGCAUUGUGCGUACUGUCCUCAGGGCCUCUGUCAGCCACAGAAACACCUGGGGGAGGUGUCCCACCCGUUUGCUUGUCGGAGGUCCACCUGCCCUAAAUGCUGCUCAAAGUUCCCCCAGCAGGACUCCAAACCCACCACCUCACCGAGCGUGACCUCUCCUAACCCGAGAGGCGACCCCGGUGUGAUUUCUGGUUCGACCUUUCACCCCUCCAACCCUUCACAUCCUGUUGUCUCACAAGGCGUCACCCACUUGUGCGACCAGUGCGCAUUUGCAACCUCCGACAUCGACGUUUUGCUGCAACACUACGAGAGCUGUCACACCCUGAUCAACCUGAAGGGGGCUGCCCCUCGAGUCAAGGCCGAGGAGGACGUUGGGGGAGGCAAAGAGGGAGGCAGAGGAGCAGGGGAGAGACAGCACUCAUGUACAAAGUGUAACUUCAUGACGGAGGUGGAAGAAGAUCUUUUUAGACACUACAGGCGUGUCCACGCGUGUUGCCGUUGUCGACGCUGUGACUUCACUGCACCUGAUUCGUCUGCCCUCCUCGACCAUUUUAAUUCAGCCCACUGUCAUGAGUCGUCUCCCUCGUUUGGGUCCUUACCCACCUCGCUGACGCCCUCGCUGACCUUCUCGGCCAAUGGCUGCUCAGCUCCCUCCACCUUAGCCAUCAAAGAAGAGAGCAAGGGGGACUUCCGCCUCCUCUACUCCCUAGCGCCGCCCGAGGGACGACUAGCAGAAGGAGGUAGAGAGGAGGUGGGUGGGGUGGUGAAAAGCGAAGGAGCUGAGGAGAAAGAGCGGGAGAGAAGCUGGGUUCUCGGAGAGACACGGGGGCCGGGAGACCGGGGUGGAGAACAGGCUCACGGUUUGCUCUGGGUGCCCAAGGAGCGAAUGGGACCCGAACGAGGAGCGGAAAGAGGAGCAGGAGGUGGGAGCCCCUCUCUCUUCCCCUCCCCUCUCUCACUGUCUUUUGUUUCAGCCAAUCACGAGGCCUCACAGCAGAAGAGAGGCGUGGCUUCACCUAGCAUGGUUUACCUGGGAGAUACCAAGUCAUUUUUGGGAGAUGCCAAGCUGUAUGGAGGAGGGAGAUCGGGAGGAAGUGCCACAGGGGGAGGAGGAGGGGAGAAGCAGGGCCAGAUUCCCUCUCAGCAGUAUGCUGGUGGAGGAGGAGGAGCGCAGGAGGGCAAAGGAGGAGCGGCAAAAGACGAGUCCCAAUCCCUGUUGAGAAGGCGCAGAGGCAGCGGGGUUUUCUGUGCUAACUGUCUGACCACCAAGACAUCACUGUGGAGGAAAAACGCCAACGGAGGCUACGUCUGCAACGCGUGUGGCUUAUACCAAAAACUACAUUCGACGCCCAGACCUUUAAACAUCAUCAAGCAGAACAAUGGUGAGCAAAUCAUCCGACGGCGAACCAGAAAGCGCAUCAACCCCGACUCGCUGCCGUCCGAAAACCCCGCCCCCAAGCAGCAGCGAAUCACCAGCGAGGAGCGAGUGAAUGGGGAGGAAUCAGACCGAAGCAGCUCAUCGGCGAAAACCCAGCAGCCCUCCCCCCAAUCGCGAUCUCCUCGCUCCACUCAGGCUUUCCUAGCCAAUCAGACGCUGGAGAUCCACCGACGCAUGCCCCCCCUCCUCCUCCCGACUCAUCCUCCCUCAGCCUUGGUCUCCGAGAGCAACGGCACCAUCGCAGAGGGAGUGAUGACAUCAAAGGGAGAGGGAGGAAAAGGGGGAGGGGGCUCGGGAAGAGGCAGUCCGAUUGAAAAGUACAUGCGUCCCUCUAAGCCAUCUAGUUACUCUCCUCCAGGUUCACCAAUUGAGAAAUAUCAGUAUCCCCUUUUCUCAUUACCCCUUCCUUUAACCAUCUCACCCGACCUGACCCCUGAGUCCGACUGGCUCAGGUUCUGGACUAAAUAUAAGAUGGCUGCCGCUUCAGGGGUCACGGGUAGCAUUAGUAACCUCAGCAGCCCUGGCAGUCUUGGAAACAACACCCACCAUCUUGGUGCGAUGGUAACUCCUGUACAGUAUCAUCAGCAAACCUACACGGUGCCUUACUGUGCCUCCCCCUUCUCCCCUCUGCCCCCUCCUCCAGCCCCGACCCACUACCCUGCUCCUCACCUCCCCCAGACCUCCUCAGCAGCAUCUCCGGAGAACGACGCUCCACUGGAUCUCGCAAUAAGACAAAGGGAUUCAAGCGCGGCGCAUACGAAUGGCGCAGAGCGGAGAAGGCCGGACUCGCCUCGGACGGGAAACUGCAAGGGUGAGAAGGAGGAGGAAGAGAUGGCCAAUGAAGGAGAGAACCCGAGUGAGGAGACAACCGGAAGGAAGGAAGUUAAAGAUGAGGCGGUCAAAUGUCAACCAGUUCCAUCUGAUUGCACAAAGGUGGAAGCAGCCACACAGGACGACCUGACCAAUCGUUGCUUCCACUGUGGGAUCUAUUUCCUGGAUGAGGUCAUGUACGCCCUACACAUGAGUUGCCAUGGCGAGAAGGCGCCGUACCAAUGCGGUUUUUGCCUGUAUGUGUGUGUGGACCGUUACGACUUCACCACACACAUACAGAGAGGCUUACACAGGUACUCGGACGAAAUGUCUCUACGGGAGGGCAACACUCAGAAUGUCAUGGCAACGCCCGAGAGAGAAAACGUGGCGGACGAUGAGCAAAAAGACAGAGAUGAUGUCAUAGGAGCGUGCGAGGGCAAUAAAGCGAGGGAGAAUACGGGCAGUGAGGAUGAUCAAACAGGUGCUGAGGAAGGAGGAAUAAACGAGGCGGUAACGAUCAGUGAUGGUAUCACAAAACCCACGGAGGUCUUAACUGUUACAGAGUCCAAGAAGUGAGACGGGCUCGCCGAUGGAAACUAAAUGCUGCCUUUUAAUAGUGUUAUUGAUUGAAAAGGCUCGAUGCCUUGGUGUUCUUGGAGGUUAGCUUAUUUCUAAUUGAAACGCAUCUUCAUGCUGGAAGAGCUCCGCUGUCAUUUGGUCCAAACAAGAACAACCUGUUCCAGGUGAAGUUAGAGCAGAGGCAGGCCAAGUAGGGCUCACUCUACAGCUCUCAACGGGGUGCUGGCAUCCAGCUCAAAUCGCCUUUCAUCAACAGCCACUUUGUGUUUUUCACAUAGAAAAGUGGUCCAGACCUACGUAGACACCAAACAGCGGAGCUAAAAUACUAAACUAACGCCUAAACGUAGUUGCAACAUGCGAACAAGCUGGUUCAUUUCAGCACAACCAGAUCUGAUCUGGUUAGAACUGCUGUUUUUGUUUUGUUCUUAAUUUUCCUGAAGUUUUUCCCUCUUGAAGUUUGCAAAUGGAUCAAUAACCAAAAACACGACGGACUCUUGGACGCAGGUGCGUUUGGAACUGUUGAGGGCUGGGUUGAAGAGUGGGAUUGGUUUGUUUGCUGUUUCUCAAACUAAUGAAACUCCUGGAUCAAUGCAAAAACCACCAUCUGCACAGUGACCGGGCUCGUUACUACCCAGACGUUCUGAAACGGCUUAAAGCUGCUUAAAACGGAUCAAAUACGUCGAGCUCUGAACUGCAAUGUUCUCGUCCGCUUGGAUUGAAAAUAAGUGACUUUAUUUUCUACCUUCCUCUGUGCCAUGAUACUAGCUAUGUGCCUGGCUGCCUGCCUCUUAGAACAACCAUUUAUUAACCUGCUUGACAUUUAUAUUGAUAAUAAUAAUGGUAAUAAUAAGAACGGUGAUGGUGUAUUCAUUCAAAAAUGCAAUUUGCUACACUUUCUUAUUUUGUAAAGGUAAAUGAUGCUUUUUAAAGGAAACGGUACUAUAAAAAAUUAGUCUGUUUGAGUUGCUUUUGUGUCUUAAUGAGACUUAUUGAUAGAAGUCGUCUAACAGAAAUGGUACAACAAAGAUAUGGGUUGUGUGCAUUUGUGUAGUUUCAUUUUACAGUGUGAGUGCGAGGAUUCAAGGGUGCAUCCAUCCGCGAAUGAUGAUGCAAACAUGAUGGAUCUAGUCCUCAGGGGUCGCACGAGUUGCACACCAACCCACCUGUAUCACAGCAUGUGACACAUCAUUUUGUUUAAUGGUCUUGGAAAUGAUCUUUUUUUUUUAGCGAGUUAUGUUUUUUUCUAAUAUGUUUGUGUGUUUUAUUUGUUCAUAGGUCAACCUGGUUUUACUAUGUAACUUUUGUUAUGUUAAGUUUUCUAGAGAGACGUAGGAACUUUGGGAGUAAAAACCCAACAAUUUAUGAAAACGAUCAAAUGUUGGAGGUCAACUUUCUCUCUAUAUGCAGUUUACAGUCAUUCUUGCCUAAAGGUCUUUUAUCUCAUAAUGCUGAGAGUUGGUUAGGUUACCUUGAUGUAGCAUUUUAGCAUCUUUAGAAAUACAAAGAAUGGGUACUGUUACACCCUAGAUAAUACUGAAACCCAUUACACGAUGUUUAAAUUUACUAUUUAAUAAAGUGAGUCCCGUUAUUUCCUCGUCAAUGCUUAGAAGUAGUUCAGCUGUUUGUCGUCACGUGUUGGCCAUCCUGAACGAUUCCCCCAGCCUUGCUGCCUUAGUCGCUAGAAGACAAAUGAAACUGUUGAGUGGAAACUGAAGACAAGUGAAUGAGCUAAAAAUAAAUAAUAUUUUUCUACGCUUAUCCAAAAGACAUGAGUGAAAGGAAGUCCUCUUAGUGCCUGGAAAUCUUCACACUUUUUUUUUGUCUAUAAAUUUUGCAAACUUUUAAAAUUUGUGUCUCAGUGGACUGUGACUAUUCAACAGGUUUAAUUUUUUGGCCAACUCACGUUGAGAAUAUGAUGUAAUUGUAAACUAAUACUGACGUUAGCAAAAAUUUAUCGCAAUUUAGUCACAUCAGAAUUCAGUCGUCAACUCUUGCAUAGCUUGUCUUAAAUUUCUCAAACUUUUAUUUUGACAGUAAAUGGGAUCAAGAUGGGUUACGAACAAAAAGAAAGGCCCUGUGACUAAACUCCCGCUAACGUUUUGGAAAAUUUUCUCCAAACGGUUGCAGCCCAGCGAGAUGCUGAAUGAACAUUCUCAUACAAUAAAUUGUCUGAAUCGUCAGUGUUUUGCUAAGACUAGUCCAACGGCCAUAUUUUGUUGUUAUGACACCCGUCGCAUAAGUUGUGUGUACGUACACUACCUUUAUAGGUUUUAAGCCUCAGCUGACUUAUGACCAAUGUUGAAGUUAGAAAUGUAAAGCAGAGUUUAAGUUCAUCAGCAUAUAAUAAAUAGAUCAUAUUUUGCUUAUAUUUCCAGGAUGAAACUACUUAAGUUUGAUUGGACAAGAUUGUGAUUGGCUAAGCUAACAAAACCACUCAGAAGUCCUCUCAGAAAAACCCCGACAACAAAACUUUAGCUCAUCGGUGCAAUAUAUUACCAUUGUUGGGGUUGGUUCUCGUGCCCGUGUUCCUUAUUUAUUAAAAAUUAUAAAGCUAAACCAUCGUUUGGCAAACUUUUCUCAUCGUUGGCAUGACUUUAGCUCAAGGUCAAAAACAAAUAUUCAAACUAUUUUGUUUUAAUCUGUUCAGAUUUUUGAAUACAACCUUUUGGUACUUUAAGGGGUGCUUGUUGAAUAAUGAAUGUUACUAUCUGUAUUUGUAGCAAAACAUAGAAUGAUGCACUGCUUUUGUGAAGACAACAAAGGGAUAGAU